AUGGGCCUUUCUUCACUCUCCAUCUUCCUAGACUUGUCCCAUAAUCUGUUGAAUGGGUCCAUACCAUCAGACGUUGGUAAUCUGAAAAAUAUCGGAAAGCUCGAUCUCUCUCGCAACAAAUUAUCUGGCCAGCUACCUGGCGCCAUUGGUGAAUGCCAGAUCUUGAAAAGCCUCCAUAUGGAGUUCAACUUGCUUGAAGGAGAAAUUCCUUCCUCUUUUAGCAACUUAAAAGGGAUUCAGGAGCUAGAGCUUUCGCUCAACUUUUUUUCUGGUCGUAUACCGAUAUACCUUGAAGGAUUUAUUUACCUACAGUCUUUCAAUCUGUAUUUCAACAAUUUCGAGGGUGACGUGCCCAAAGAAGGGAUAUUCAGCAAUCUGAGCGCGAUUCUGUCAGUGGAAAUGAUCGACUUUGUGGUGGAAUUCCUGGACUACGCUUGCCACCCUGCUCUAUUGAAACCCUUGGGAAAAGGCAUAAAUCUUUUGCACUCAAGAAUGAAAUCUCUGUCAAUAUUUCAGUUGAGAGAUAUGCAUGUGAAAUUGUCUUACGAUGACCUUUCGAGAGCUACUAAUAGAUUCUCUUCAGCUUAUUUGAUAGGCGCAGGAAGUUUCGGUUCAGUCUAUAAAGGAAUAAUUACGGAUCAUGGUAAUGAACAAAUCGUUGCUGUGAAGGUGUUUAACCCCCAACCGUUUGGAGCUUCCAGGAGUUUUAUGGGUGAAUGCAGAGCCUUGAGAAACAUCCGACAUCGAAACCUCUUCAAGAUCUUCACUUCGUGCUCCAAUAUAGAUCACCGUGGUAAUGAUUUUAAAGCUUUAGUUUUGGAAUUCAUGCCUAAUGGGAGUCUAGAGGAGUGGUUGCAUCCCAAUGCGCGUGAGGAUCAUCAAUCUAGAAGUCUAAGCCUCAUCCAGAGGCUGAACAUAGCCAUCGACGUUGCUUCUGCAUUGGAGUAUCUUCAUCACCUCGGGCCAACGCCAAUUGUUCAUUGUGAUCUCAAGCCCAGCAAUGUUCUUCUGGAUAAUGACUUGGCUGCUCAUGUGGGUGACUUUGGAUUAGCAAGGUUUCUCGUACAAACACAUGGUGAAUCAUCUCAGAGUUCAAUCAGCACAAUGGGAAUCAAGGGAACCAUUGGUUACGUCCCUCCAG